AUGGGCAACCAGGCGCAGUCCCGAAUGCGGGAAGACUUUGACGGGCCGCUCGAGGCCAUGCACGUGAGCAUUCGCGACGACAACGUGCCUGAGCUGAGACGGAUCCUCGGCUUAGCCACAGCUGACGAGGUCAACCACGAACACUUCAAAUGGGGCACGCCGCUCCACGUAGCCGUUCUGUGCGACAACCUACCGGCCGUGGACUUGCUUCUCGAUGCCGGCGCCGACCCUCUCUUCCUCACCCACUCUGACGACGGCAUGACUCCCCUGGGCACGGCUGUCCGGCGCGGGACGACAGCCAUCGUGGAGAGGGUGUGGCAGAGUGUGCCUCUGGAAAGCCGCGCCUCCGAACGGUAUUCUCAGAACACGGCCCUUGGCAUUGCAGCUAUGUACGGCCAAACCCAUGUCGUGGAUCUGCUGUUGAAUCUGUGGGAUGACUGGCCGCAGGCAACGACGCAGGGCGCCCUAUUCGCUGCUGCGAACAAAUGGCGCGCCGAUGCUGUUGAUCUGCUUCUCGACAGGGUUGACUUCCCUCAGGACGUCAUCCUACAGGCCCUUCAUGUCGCUGUAAACUUCAAGGUAAUGCUCGCCGAGGAUGAGCGUGGAGGGGUCAAGUACGACGGCACUGAUUUCCUCAACCAGCAGCGGCUCAUCAAAGCCCUCGUCAAGGCCGGGGCAGACCCGAACGCGAGGAUGAAGAGGGCAGUGUUCCAAACCGCCCCUAUUUUAUUCGCAUGUAGGUAUUGUGAUCUCGUCGGCGGCCUCAAGGCGCUGCUGGAGACAGGUGCAGACCCCAAUAUCCAGGACGACGAUGGGAAGACAGCCCUCCAUCAUCUUAGCGCGCCACUCUAUGUCAAAUCGCAAUCACCGUCAUCUCGUCUUAAUGAUACAGGUAUCCGGCUUCUGAUUGAAAAGGGUGCCUCAGUUAGCUGCCGUGACAAUGAAGGUAAUACCCCCCUUCAUAGUGCUGCCUAUGGUUCCAACCUCUCCAUUUUUCUCCUUUACCUCUCCUCAAUGGACCCAACCGAGAAGGAAUCGAUGUCGACAUUGGUAAAUAACAACGGGGAAACAUUGCUCCACUGGGCUGCGGCCGGCGGUAAGACAGACAUUAUGGAGUAUCUCAUCUCAAACGGAUCCGAUGUCAACAAGGUGAGUGCCAAUGGUUGGACACCCUUGCUAGGCUCACUCGCUCGGACCUCAGAUGGUGAUGUCUUCGGGUCAAAGCUCAAGACAUCAUGGCUGGCCGUCCGCGCAGCUCGGGUCCUUCUUGACCACGGGGCCAACCCGAUCGUCUCUACAGAGGAGGGGUACACUCCACUGCACCUCCUCGCGACGUAUCUCGACAGAGAUGAGGCCGGUGGCACAGCAGCCCUCGCCCAGGACCUUGUUUCCCGUGGCGCAGAUAUCGAGGCUCGUGCUUCGAUGGUGGUUUCUGUCGCGAACUUGAGGAAGGAUCAGAACCUUCAUGCUCAUGGUUGGGGAUGGCGCACCAAGCAGACCCUGGGGAAGUUUGCCUCCGACGCUGCAGUGGUGAGUCGUGACCUGCCGCUUCUUCACUGGGCAGCUCAUCACGGCGCAGUCGGUUUGGCCAAGGUCAUCCUUGCUCAUGGUGCGAACCCAGAAUGCGCGGACUCCAAAGGUAUGUAUCCUGCUACGGCUGUGAUCAAGUCAGAGAAGAUGCAGAGGAACCUGGAGGUAAGCCAGAAGUUUGUCCAGCUGUUGAUUGAAGCUAUGGGUAGGUAA